GUUGUCACCAUAAUUUAUUAAAAAAAAGGUGCCUUAGUUAUUCAGCUCUAAUGGAAAGAAAAUUUUGAUAUCUCAAAGACUUUUAAGUUUCUUCUUUCAAUUCAAUAUUGUCUUCUUGAUCACCUAUGGAGGGAGGAACUGGUUUAGAGUAUGAUAGAAAAAGUGCAGUGAAGGAAUUUGAUGAUUCAAAAGCUGGUGUUCAAGGACUUAUAGAAAAUGGAGUAACAAAAGUUCCACAGAUGUUCUAUUGUCAGCAAUAUAACAUCAAUGAUAGUUCAGUCAAUGAAUCAAAUUCAAAGGUCAGUGUCCCUAUAAUUGACUUAACAGGUAUCCAUGAUGAUCAUGUUUUGAGAGAUGAAGUUGUGAGAAAAGUUCAAAAUGCAUGUGAGAAAUGGGGCUUCUUUCAAGUAAUAAAUCAUGAAAUUUCAACUCAUGUUUUGGAUGAGAUGAUUAAAGGAACUUGUAAGUUUCAUCAACAAGAUGUUAUGACGAGGAAAGAAUACUAUACUCGUGAUCCUAGCAAGAAAGUUGUUUAUGUUUCUAAUUAUAGUCUUUAUCAUGACCCUUCUGCUAAUUGGAGGGACUCACUUGGUUUUUUGAUGGCACCUAAUCCACCAAAACUAAAAGAUUUUCCAGAAGUUUGCAGAGAUAUAGUGAUUGAAUACUCAGAGAAAAUAUUGAGGUUUGCUUCUACACUGCUUGAGUUAUUGUCAGAAGCUCUAGGCCUAAACCGCGGUCACCUUAAGGAAAUAGGUUGUGAUGAAGGUUUUAUUAUUCUGUGUCACUAUUACCCUCCAUGUCCUGAACCAGAAUUAACUAUAGGAAAUAGCAAUCACACAGACAAUGAUUUCAUAACCAUACUUUUGCAAGAUCAUAUAGGUGGACUUCAAGUUCUUCAUGACAAUAAAUGGAUUGAUGUAACUCCUAUCCAUGGAGCUCUUGUAGUAAACAUUGGAGAUCUUUUACAGCUUGUAACUAAUGACAAGUUCAUUAGUGUUCAGCAUAGAGUUUUAGCAAAGCAUAUAGGUCCAAGAAUUUCAGUUGCAUCAUUGUUUAGAACAGAUGAUGAAUCAAUAAUUUAUGGUCCAAUCAAGGAACUGUUAUCUGAAGAAAAUCCACCAGUAUACAGGAAUGUCUCUUUAAAAGACUACUCAACACAAUAUUAUGCAAAGGGCAUUGGAACUUCUGCAUUAUCAUAUUUCAAGAGAGCUCACAAUCAGCGGGGCCUAUGAAAGUUCCAAAAUUUCUGUCGACACAUAGUUUGUGUUUCCAGACUAAACAUUCCGAGGUGCUGGGUGAUAACCAUCAACUUCGCCGGUGUUGGCCCGAGUUAGGUUCAUGAAGAAGCUUAUCACCUUGUAAACUGCAUUUCCUUUUUCUUAACCCCCUUUUUUUUUGAAAACUC